ACCACGACUGCGACGCGCUCCACCCAACCAACCGCGACUACGACGCGUCUCUUGGGGGAGAUGCUGCAACAUAGCCAGACAAGACGCGGCAGAGAGUAGAGCUUCAGUAGAGCUUCAGUAGAGCUUCAACAUGGCGACGGGCUCGCAAACCCCCGGCGCGCCUCCGCCGCCUGCAGGCCCGCCGACGCAGAAAGUGGGCGACGUCAUGGCGAGCUUCCGCCCGUCGAGACGCUUCAAGACGCCCAGCCCGACCACGUCGGUCACGUCACUCGACUUCGACGACACGGGCGAGCUAGCCCUCGUGGCCCGCGACGACGACACGCUCCAGAUCUACAACUGCAAGGAGGGCAAGCACGCAAAGGAGCUCAAGAGCCAGAAGUACGGCGUCCACCUCGCCCGCUUCUCCCACCAUGCCCAGAGCAUCAUCUACGCCAGCACCAUGGUCGACGACGCCCUGCGCUUCCUGUCCUCGCACGACAACUCGUACAUCCGCUACUUCAAGGGCCACACCGACACCGUCACCUCCAUCGCCCUGUGCCCCUCGUCCGACACCUUCCUGUCGUGCUCGCGCGACAACACGGUCCGCCUGUGGAACCUCUCGUCGCCCAACUACCACGGCCUGCUGAACCUGCACGCCCCCUACCUCGCCGUCUACGACCCCUCGGCCACCGUCAUCGCCGUCGCCUCGCCCCCGACCCACUCGGUCCUGCUGUACGACGUGCGCAACUACGACAAGCCGCCCUUUGCCAGCUUCGACCUGCUCGAGCUCGAGCAGCGCUUCAUGGGCACUCAAAAGGCCGACUGGACCAAGCUCGAGUUCACAAACGACGGCAAGAGCCUCGUCGUCGCCACAAAUGGAAGUGGUCAUUUCGUCCUCGACGCCUUCUCAGGCGACAUCACCCACUUCUGCUACCGCAAGGCAGGCUCCUCGGGCCGUCUUGCCCCCGGCGCAACCGCGAAUGGGACCAGGCAGCCGGUAGGCCAGGGCGAUGUGUGUGUCACGCCUGACGGACAGUAUCUGCUGGGAGGCAGCAGCGAGGACGGACUGCUGGUCUGGGAUAUUGCCCAACCGCCCGCACCCAACAACAUUCUCGAGCCGGUGGAGAAGCUGCCGGGACACGGCAAGGCGGCUGUCGUGGGCUACAACCCGCGGACAAAUCUGCUGGCGUCUGCCGACAAGGACUUUUUGCUGUGGCAGCCCGAUUCGGAUUUGAUGUUGUGAGGGCGCAUCUCUACGAGGAGACCUACACAAUGACGUGACAAGUGUCGAGGUAUGGGUCUGUACCAACAGUGCCUAUCGAGCGACGAGAACAAGGCCAAGGUGCGGAAGAAGUACCAACCGAGGAAACAACAUCAACCCCAAAACCACGCUUUGCGACAUCGGAAACGGGAGACCAAAGUCUCACGUAGAUACAGCGUGGAAUUCAGCAUUGGAGUAGAUGGUACGAGUCACAUCUCCAAACCAUCAUGCACAUGUACAUACAAACAGGAUAGCACAUCACGGUAUGUGUGCAGCUCUCGUGUAGCAGAGAGGAGUGGAGGGGAG